AUGGAUGAAUCACAUAAGCCCGGUACCAGGUAUGUUCGAAAACGUCGUACUUUCACCUUUGCUAGAAUUUUCAAAAAGUCUACACCUAACGGAAAAGUACGUUGUUGUUCCUUGUACGCACCACGGAAUAUCUUUUUCCAGCUCACUAUUUAUCUGGGGAAACGUGAUUUCUUUGACCAUUUGAGCCAUGUUGAUCCAAUCGAGGGCGUAGUUCUAGUGGACCCAGACUACGUGAAAGACCGAAAAGUAUUCAUCCAUCUCCUCGGUGCAUUUCGUUAUGGACACGAUGAGGUCGACCUCAUGGGCAUGCAGUACCACAGUGACCUAUACCUAUCAACCAAGCAGGUCUAUCCGCUAACUGUUCCCGUCAACUCGACUGGAGUCAUCUCUAAGAGCCCUCUCCAUUUAAAUUCGGCUCCUCUGGAACCACCUACAUUAACUCGCCUGCAAGAGAGACUCGUGAGAAAACUUGGUACCAAUGCCUAUCCGUUUUACUUCCAGCUACCCGCCUAUUCAGCUUCUUCAGUUUCUUUGAACGUGAGCACGUCCGAUAGUGGCAAGCCAUGUCGAGUGGACUACGAGUUGAAGGCGUACGUUGCGGACGAGCAAGAUGAUAGUCCACAGAAGCGUAGUUCGGUCCGGAUGGUUGUCCGUAAAUUGACCUAUGCUCCCGAAGAGCCGGGACCGCAGCCAUCCACGGAGGUCAUCCGUGAUUUCCUCAUGAGCCUAGGAAGCCUUCGUGUGGAAGUAUCGUUGGAUAAGCAAAAAUACCACCAUGGUGAAACAAUGUGCGUAAAUGUUUUGGUAGACAAUAACUCCAGUCGGACUGUCAAACGAAUCAAAAUUUCUGUACGUCAAUAUGCUCGAGUACUUUUGCACACCGCGGUUACCUAUAAGAGUACAGUGGCCGAAAUUCAAUCCGAGGAGGGCUUUCCCAUCACACCGAGUCAAACUGGUUGGUGCAAAGUGUAUCGUGUAUGUCCACUGCUUGUUGCCAAUCGAGACAAGACUGGCCUGGCAAUGGAUGGGGAUUUGAAGCACGAAGAUACUAAUCUGGCAUCUUCAACCAUUGAGCCACCUGGUCGUUUAUCGAAUGAACAAAUCGGUAUCAGUGUCCAGUACAAGGUAAAAGUACGCCUUACCCUGGGAUUCGGUGUCAGCGACGUCUGUUUACAAUUACCAUUUAUACUUACUCAUCCGAAUCCGAACGAGGACAACGCAGAUAAGACAGCCGAGUUUGAAGAUGUUCUCUCAUCUGCCCUUCUCCCUAACCCCAUGCCAACUAAUAUACAAACCCAUUCCAACGAACAAGGAUCACCAAAACCCCAACUGCCGUCAGACAACUGUGUGCAGCAGCUGGCAAAGCAACCUAACGGUGGAAGUGUCCAUAUGAAUGGUGUCCCAACUGCAACGUCUCCUGGAGCACUAUGCAUCUCAUCCUCAGCUGUGCUCUCCACUAUUUCAUCGAAGUCUCCCUGGGCAUCGCCGCAACAACACACACUGACGAGUCACGCGAACGGAAAACAUACCAAGAACGCUGUGCAAUCUACUUUAUUGACAUCGAUCAACUCUGCUCCAUUGAUGAACGAGCAAUCCCUCCCGGCACCCAGAACUAUGGGAACGUUACUCGUCCCUCCUCAGUACACACCACAUUCUUCACAAACUUCUCCUGUCCAUCAGCUGGAUGCAAACACAACAGCCUUGUUACCUCUGCCGAUCGAUUCGCUGUUUGGCAGCUUCAAUUCCGACCAUCAUUGCUCCGGCACAGGAACCCAGUCCACUGUGAGCGAGGAUGAUCUAAUGUUUGAAGACUUUGCUCGCUUCCGACUGCAGACCACAGCGCUUCAGCACAGCAUUAUCAAUGAACCGAAGGUUUCCUAAUUUUUGAUGGUCGUAUUCAGGAAUAUCGCACACUACUUCGAUCUUAACCGUCAACGCGUCACCUCUUUCAAUCUACCGGCUAGUCUUUCAUCCCCGGGUUGCAUAUCAGUUAGCCCAAUCCACAAGUUUUUUCUACAUGAAACCCCCCUGCUCGCCGUAUCUUUGUUUUCAUUUUCACUCUGUGUAUAUUUAAGGUCUAGCCCACGUUAGAUGUCUUCAGCAUUCGUUUAUAAUUGUACAAUCCAUGUCUUCUCCUAAAACUGUCACACAGUUUUAAAGUUAUCUACCUUUUAAACCUUUUUCAGAAUCCUGCCCGCGUAUUUUUAGUUCAUCAUUUAUUGAACACCGAUUUGAGCUGCCUUGUACACAUGACUUGUUAUCACACUGUACCUCAAUGUUACCUUUCCCUGUGUUUUUACGGAAGGCGGUUGCAUGUAGUUACGUGCUUUUGAAGAUGGACCCAACUGGAUAUUCUCUAGUUUUUUCUCCGUAGUAGCCGCGUUGUCUACCUCUGUCGCGUUUGCGACACGCAAGCUACCGCUGUUCGCUUCAUUCUAGUGUUUCAUGUUUGAUCGUUUUGUCACUAAGACAAGUGCCGCCGUCCUCUAAUUUGCUUUUUACAACUAGCUAAUGAAUGCUAUGUAACUAUUCACUUUCCGUACUGUUGAAUAAUCCAGACGCUUCUAUCGAUCGAACCCGAG